AUGCACAGUCGUGGGCAGACAGGCAAGACUGUUUGCGACUCCACCAGCGCUGAGAGGAUCGAGAACAGCAACGGCAAAUGGAUCCGCCGCGACGACUACGUCGACGAGGUCAAGUCGGCCAUGGCCAUGUCCCGCGGCCGCGAGCUGCCGGGCACGUUUAACCCGCUCGUUGUUGGUGACCUCUUCCGGGACCAGUGCAGGAACUGGGGCCGCCUGGCCGACGAGUGCGCCGAGAGCGUCUUGCAGUCGUGCUUUGCCGCCGUCGCCGCCACCCUGCGCCACAUCACCGUCCAAGACACGGCCGAGAAGAUCUUGCAGAGCCGCAUCAACCCGGCCAUGGCCGCGCUGAAGAAGGACAUGGCGGACGCGACAGCCAGGCUGCUGGUGUCCAACGUCACGGGCCAUCCGGUGAUGUACAACCACUACCUGACGGAGACCGUCCAAAAGGUGCAAAACGAUCGUCUGCGGGCCUCACUUAACAAUAUCCUCCGCAGAUACAGCCAUGACGAUGACACUCCUGGACAAGAUGCUGCGCGCCACCGAGCCCGACAUGCAGCGCGUCGCCGCCUCAACACCAUCGACUACAUGGAGGCCUACUACAAGGUCGCCCUCAAGAGCUUCGUCGACAAUGUUAGCGUCCUCGUCGUCGAGCAGUGUCUGCUGAGCAAGCUGACGGGCCUCUUCACCCCAGACACGAUUUAUGCCAUUGCGGACGACGACAUUCGCCAUCUCGCCGGCGAGAACCCCGAGGCCACGGCCGAGCGGGCGCGUCUCGUGGAGAAGAAGACGUGUCUCGAAGCGUGCGAGAAUGAGCUGCGCCGCCUGGACAAGCACCGCGUCCCGGCCACAGACGAGGCAGAAGAUGAUCCAAUGCCACCUUGGUCUUCCGUGGGAACCGACACGAACGUAGACGAAGUGCCACCACCGGAUCCUGAAAACUUUGAAAUCGUUGGCUUGCCGGAGCCAGAGCCCGAGAAAGAGCCGGAGAGGAGUGCCUGCGGAGAGUCUUCCCUAGCUGAACCAGCCAUCGUUGAGCCAGAUCAUUCUGCAGACUGUAUCGACUUCUGGGGCCCCAACUCUUCUACAAGCCACCUUAAGAAGAAGCGCAAAGCCGAACGUCUGGCCAAGGCAAGCCCAGUCAACACUGUAAGGCAAUAUCCCGUGUGA